UCCGAGGCAGGCGCUGCUGCCGGCCGCCCCCGAAACCUCCCACGCGCGGCAGCAGCUCGGAGCCGCCGCCGCUGUUCCAUUGUAAAUCCGGCGGCGUGGGAGGCAAUUCCGUGCCAAAGGCUGAGCGCUGAGGCGCGCAGAGAGAUUGAGAGAGAGAGAGAAGGAGGGAGCGGAGAGGAGGAGGAGGAGGAAGUGGAGGGAGCGGGGGAGCAGAGCGAGCGAGGGAGGGAAGCGCUGACGGACGGCCAGAGGCAGAGAGGGACCCUCGAGCCGGACCAAGGCGCCAUCGGAUGCCCUGCGCUUUCCCGCGCCGCCUUGCUCGCUCUCAGCCGAGAGGUCCCAGAAAGAAGGCGCCGCCGCCGCCGCCGCCGCCCGGGAGCCUGGGAAGGCCUUGGGUCCAUGCCCCACGAUCACACCCACCGGCCGCUGAAGGACUCCAAGGACGCCGGGAGUUUGCCGCGGAAAGCGAGUUGCUGGCUAUGGCCUUGUCCCUGCCCCGCACCCUGGGCGAACUCCAGCUCUAUCGGGUCCUGCAGAGAGCCAACCUGCUCUCCUACUAUGAGACCUUCAUCCAGCAGGGCGGCGAUGAUGUGCAGCAGCUGUGUGAGGCUGGUGAGGAGGAGUUCCUGGAGAUCAUGGCUCUAGUCGGCAUGGCAACCAAGCCGCUCCAUGUCCGGCGUCUUCAGAAGGCCCUGCGGGAGUGGGCCACCAAUCCUGGACUCUUCAACCAGCAGGUGCCAUCCGUCCCUGUAAGCAGCAUCCCCCUCUUCAAGAUCUCUGAGUCCGGAGGUCGCAAAGCACUUACCAAUGGGCACACAAGCCCAGGAGAGACCCCUGGCAAAGCCAGCGGGACCUCCCCGGCCAAGAGCCCCUCGGAGCCGAGAGAGAAGCUGUCCCCCUUGCCAGCCAUUCAGUGGGGCAACCCGGAGUCAGAAGAGGAAGGGGGAUCGUCCUCGCCCACGGAGCACCCCUCGUCUGCAGAGCAGCUGGAUCCAGAGCUGGUCCAGGCAGUGUCCGAAAACGUCGACCGUCUUCUGCGCAGCUGCCCUCGGGGUGGUGAGACAGAGCUGAGGACCCUCAUGAAGCUGAAUAAGAAGCUGGCAAAAACCGUGGGGCAUAUCUUCCGGAUGGACAACGCAGACCCUCGUAAAGAGGAAGAGAUCCGGCGUCACAGUGCCAUCUAUGGGCGGGGUGAGGCCCGGCGAUUGGAGGGCAAGCAGCUUACACUGCAUGAGCUCACCAUCAAUGAAGCUGCUGCCCAGUUCUGCCUACGGGACAAUUCGCUGCUGCUCCGUCGGGUGGAACUCUUCUCGCUAUCACGUCAGGUGGCCCGGGAGAGCAGCUACCUCUCGUCGCUUAAGGGAUCCCGGUUGCAUCCGGAGGAGGGUGGAGCUGUGCAAGCCAAGCGACUCAAGCAGGAGAUUGCUGAGCACAGCCGUUCUGACCUUCCCUUGGUCUGUGAACCCUUCCUUCCUCAGUAUCGCUCUAGUAUCGAGGAAGACACAGCCAGCUUGUCAGGAGAAAGCUUAGAUGGACACCCACAAGCCACAGGAUCAUGCCCGCGGCUUACACCACCCCCCAGCGCCACUCCCGACAUGUUGCUGAGUCUCCCACCCCAUGGUUUUUGGAGCCGUCAUAUCCUGCAGCAGACGCUGAUGGACGAAGGAUUGCGGUUGGCUCGUCUGGUAUCGCAUGAGCGAGCAGGACGGCUCAGCCCUUGCCUCCCUGGAAAGCCCCAGGUGCCAGAGUUUGGAGAAAACCUUCCUGAGCGAUGCCAGCCUCCAGCAGCACAGCCUGAGGCAAGAAGGAACAGCAUUAAAGUGGAACCAGAGACCACCCGGCCAUGACCGGCAGGUGAUUCAGCCACUCAAGUCACCAAGCAAUAAGGUGCCAGCCAGCUCUGGCAGUCCGAGAGACUCCUGCAGGGGAGGGACUGGGGUGCCGUUCUCCACUUCGCUACAAGGAGGCAUACGCUUGGCUUCACUAACUGAAGAAGAGCUACCAUAUUAGCAAAAACAAUCCUGCAUUAUUCACUCGCCUAGUUCUCUUUGGAAAAUGGAGAACCUGCUUGCCUGCCUCCCUAGGCACAAAGUGGGACUGCGUGAAUGGCAAACAUGCAUAACGUCAGAAUCCUGUCAGUUUUCUUUACUUUGAGAGAAAGGGCAUCCUGCCUAUUGCUGAUAGUCGUGAGCUCAGGGAGACCAAAUCUCUGGCUAGUUUGGCCUUGUACAGGGCUAUUUAAAGUCUCUCACCCACAGUCUUUCACACAAGAUGGGGCCUGGGACUAACAUGUACAAAGCCAUGAUUUAAAAAAAGAACAUAAAUACAUUUCGCAACCUUUACAGAAAGGCAUUCCGUUUCUCAGCCAUAACCAUUGAUCUUCCUAAAUGCUCCCCACACUCAGUUCUUUACAGCCACGCACUGACUCAUACAUGCCUCCCACAUGUGUGAUACAACACGUUUUUCCACAGCCCUUCUCUCCCCCCCCUCCGUGUUCGCACAAAAACACACUAGUGACACACAUCCCUGACGUCCACUUAUUAAGAUGUUUCCCUUUCUGUUGUAGAUUUCAUAGGCAAGGCUGAAACCAGUUCUUAACCAGUUCUCACUUCCCUUGAUCUUGACAUGAAAUGGGUAUUUAGUCACUGAUAGUAUGAUAGUGCUGAUCACAGCUUAGCCCUGCUUCAAUGCUCUGAGGUACUUUGCUCCCAAACUGCCCUAUCCUUGGAAGUUCACAGAAAUCAGGAAAAAAGCUACCUUUAAAACAUACUUACUUGUUUUAUUUUGGCCAUUCUGAUGACAAUUACUCUACUGUCUCUGUGCCCCGUUGGUUGCAUUACAGCAGCUAAUUAAUCUUCGUUGUUUACUGGGGUUGUACCAAUGCAGGAAUUAGAACUGACUUCCAGGCCUUUGGGCCUUUAAGCCUCCCCCCAGAGUAAUUUUAUGUGAUUCAUAGAUGGGCCAAAAAGUGGAAAAAGGGUGGGUGGGUUUGCUAUUGGUAAGAGCUCAAUGGAACACCCACCUCUGUCUAUAAUUAUAGCAGUUUCUUCCUCUCCACCUCCCCAGUACCUCAGGCAGUCUCCAGCCCUGGUCUUUCCUGAAGUAAGCAAACUCACACUUUGGGGGCUUGAUUUCUUACUAUACUAACAUAAGUAGGAAAAAAGGACAGUUGAAAAAUCAUCUCUUAGCUCUGAGACAAAAGGUGUGGUGUGAUUUAAUACAGCACCGGUUCUGCCUCUCUAGCCACACACACAAAACACUUUGCUGUGUGGAUCCUCCAUUAUGGAGCAGCUGCAAAAUGUUAGGAAGCGAGCCCCACAAUGCAAACAUAAAAAGUCAGCUUAUAUGGAAACUUCAGAUAGAAAACACCAGACAUUAAUGCUGAUAGUUAAUGGGUGGAAUUGCCCCUGCUAGUUUCCAGUUUGCACUUUGUCCAGCAAAAGUGUGGUACUCAAUUGUUGCUGAAAGAUCUAGUGGCACUUUAAGGUUGCCUUUCUUGAUAUCUUUGAAUAGGAAGGAGUACAGAUGCUUCAGGAGUAUACUACAUCUUGGCCAAAAAUAGCCAAGUACAGUGCCCUUGGAAAAGGUCAGGACCACCUCAGGCUAAAUUACAGCACACAGUAAUCUUCUAUUUCCUGAUUCUGAACAAAGUUCUAUGCAGUGUACAGGGAAGGUGUACCCUCUCUUCUCUGCCUAACAAGUAAAUGACAGGAAGAGGAGGUACUGAACCUCAAAAAAUUGUAGGCAAGAAUGAGUCACCCUAGGCUUCUUGGGCAUAAGGUGAAACAAUUCAGUUUUCAAAAAAAAAGUGGCUAGAGGAGCAGUCUGGGAGCAAACUAUAAUGAAGUAAGCAAUUGCCUGAAAAUAGGUACACAACAAAGGUGGCUCAAGAGCUUGAAAUCUUGUGGAGGCAACAGACAUGCUCACUUGCUAUUGGUCUUAGUCCCUACCCUCUCCCAUAGAGCAUUGAUGUUUUCAUAGAAGAACUACCAUCUUUUCCUUUGUAAUGUGUACAGUAGAUUAUUUAUUUUGUUAUUUUGGAAUAAAGUCUUAUUUUAUGCCUUA